ACCGAGCACAUACUGCAUGCAGAAGCUGCAAGUUGUUUGCAUUGUUGGACUCCCCGCGACUUCUCCCCAUCCCUUGAAACAUGAGGCACAGAUUGCACGUGAGAGUUUCCUGCGUCUGAACUAUUUUAAAACAAUUCUCAAUUCUCGCUCAAGGUGAUUCGCUCAUACCUGGUCCGCAAUGAGCGCGUCUGCAGGCACGGGGGUGUUCGUGCUCUCCUUGACGUCCAUCCCCAUCUGCUACUUAUUUAAUUCCCUCAUUUACAGCAACAGUGCUGAAGCUUUCUUCUUCGCUGGGUGUACAACAGUCGUCAUCCUGGUCAUUUCGGCCCGUUUCAUGCUCAAGAAAAAGGCUCCAGUAGAUCCUCUUUUCUAUGUGUACGCAGUGUUUGCAUUCCUCAGUGUGGUGAACCUGAUCAUCGGGCUGGAGCAGGACAACAUCAUUGAUGGAUUUGUGACGUUUUUCCUCAAAGUGGCAGAUCCACACAUUAAGACAGCACAUGGACACAUGAUCUCCUACUGGGAUGGCUGUGUGCACUAUCUCAUGUAUCUGCUCAUGAUUGCUGCCAUAACUUGGGGGGACAGCUAUCGAGCCAUUGGACUCUACUGGGUGGGAUCUUUUCUCAUGAGUGCCAUAGUCUACAUUCUUGGGAAUGCUGUGGGGAAAUAUGGGACCCAGGAUGGCCUCUUCCUCCUCCACAUGCUGUAUAUCUCAGUGUCUGUCUGGGCCUGCUUCCGCAUCUUCAGCCAGCCCUCCACACAGGAUGUUCAGGCAACAAGCAUCCCGGAGGCUGAAAGAAAAAGUUUCCUCCACAGACCUCUGGACUUACUGUUCAUUAUCUACCUCAUCCCUGCUUUUGCGUUCUGUGUCUUCAGAGGCCUGAUUGUUCUGGACUGUUCCAGCAAAUGGUGUCGAGAUUACACACUGCAGUACGAGCCUUACCUGAAAGACCCUUCAGCCUAUCCAAAAGUACAGAUGCUGAUGAGCAUGCUGUACUCUGGACCGUACUACAUCAUUACUCUCUAUGGACUGAUGGUCCCGGGAUGUGAGUGGAUGCCAGAUCUGACUCUUGUACACUCGGGAGCAGUGGCACAGGCCCAGUUCUCUCAUAUCGGUGCGUCUCUUCACACACGGACUCCGUUCUCCUUCAGAGUGCCGGCUGCCAGCCAGCCCGUCUUCUUGCUGGUCAACGUCCUGUACGCUGUGGUGCCUCAGGCUCUGUGCUACCGCUGCCGCACGCGGCCGGCCUUCUUCCUCAAGCCAACGCCAGAUAAGAAGGCAGAAUGACAGAGAGGGAGUGGCAGUGAUGUCGAGGAUGCCUAGAUAAAAGGCUGAAGGACUUGCAAAGUACUGGUCUGUGUUUGCAGUUAUUAGCAGUUGCUACUUUUGGAAAGGGAGCUGCUAUGAGGGCAGUGGAGGUAUUAGAAACAUGACAAAAUACUCAAGUGUCAAACAGAGUUUGUGUCAUUUAUAUUCUGCUGCUUAUUUUGAAAACGUGAACAGAAAUUAAAAAGCUGAAAGUGUGUUUGUGUAAAGCAACAGCGAAGGCACAGGAGGGCACACUCAGAGCCCCAGUACAGAUGCUUUAGUGCUUUAAAACUUGUGUGUGAGAUUCAAACUACUUGACAGUACUUAUUGUUCUUAUAUUUUUUUUUUUUGUUUACAAAAACUGCUCUCUUGUUGACACUGAGGUUUCUGUGCAGUGCCUUUUUGGCAGUGGGUCGGCAAAUAAAUAAAUUGUGUACGUG